UUUACUUUGUUCGGGCGCAACAAUACGUUAAUAAUUGUUCUAAUCACAUUUUCCUUGUAGUGUUUUUAUAAUAUACGGUUAGAGACAUUUAUUUUCUCAAACGAUUUACAUUUAAAUCAAUUACAAAAUUACAAUACAAUUAGUAGAAAAAUUAAAUCGAAUAGGCGUACAUAGUAAUACGAUGAAUGUUACCAUAACCUAAUAAUACCAGUACAGUGCAAACAAGUACGAAUAUUUUGUGAUGUGAGGUAGGGUAGUCUAGUAAAAAAUAUAGUGCGAUACAAAGUAACGAUAACUAAAGGAGUUUUAGUUCUCAAUAUAAAUAUAAUUGAUACGACAACGCUACAAGGGAAAUGGGAUGCAGAAUAAAGCUAUGUGUUUUCUAAGUGUCACUACCUAUAUGAGAAUUUUCCGACAUCUUACGAGAAAGCGUCGAUCGGCUCGCAAGCAGAAAAACUAUAAAAGAUUUGAUACCAAGAAGUUAAGAGUAACAUGGAGAAAGUCACGCUGAUUUGGUUAAUAAUAAGCAUUAUGAUAGCCACUGUGUCUUAUGGCUUCAAAAGUACAGAUCCGAUAGAGUACCAUGGACUAUGUAUGAACAUGUUUAUAAAUGACAUAGAAAAAUUGAAGAAGUUGGAAAAUUGUACAAUCGUGGUUGGAGAUUUAAAAAUUUCACUUCUAGAGAGAACGAAGCCAAAGGAUUUCAAGAAUCUCACAUUUCCUAAAUUAAAAGAGGUUACAGGAUACAUGGUUGUCUAUCGAGUUGCUGGUUUAGAAACACUCAGCAAUUUGUUACCAAAUCUAGCGAGGAUACGAGGGAACACACUUUUGUAUAACUACGCAUUGAUCGUGUAUGAUGUCGAAUAUCUAAGGGAAAUCGGCUUAAAUAGUUUGAUUAAGAUAGACAGAGGAGGUGUAAUAAUCUGGGGUGGUCCCCUUACCUGCUUUGUUAAUACAAUCGAUUGGAAUGCUAUCGCUCCGAGAUCUCGACAUGUUUUAAGUUCACCAGACAAACAUGCCCAAUGCAAUUUUCCUUGCACUUGUUCAUCUAAUCCCGCAACUAAUCGGUGUUGGAGCAAUAAGAAAUGUCAGAUUUUCCUUGAAGGACCAGACAGUUGGAAUUGCAGCAGUAAAUGUCUCGGUUGCCGUAAUACAAAUCCAAACAGUUGUACACUUUGCAGAGAGUACAUAUACAAAGAAGAAUGUGUCUCGCGUUGCCCAGAUAAUACUCGUGUUCUAUCAGUGAGCAAUCAUUGUGUUACAAUCGAUGAAUGUAUCCAUUUGAAUCGUUGGGAAUGGAAUAACAAAUGCGUAUCAGAAUGUCCUAAAAACUUUGUUCAGUGGAUAGAAGCUGGAAAUACAACAUGUAUUCCUUGCCAUAACUGUCAUCAGACUUGUGGGAACAUGACUAUACAAACUUUAGAUACCAUUCAACUGGCUGAAAAAUGUGUAUAUAUCAACGGAUCUUUGAGUAUUCAUAUUUGGUCUAUACCAAAUGCUGGUAAUGAGCUAAGAUAUUUCAUGAAAAAUAUUGUAGAAGUAUCAGAUUACAUUAAAAUUUAUGGUUCUAUCACACUAACUUCGCUUGAUUUUCUUUCGUCACUUCAAAGGAUUAAGGGUCGCCGUUUGUUUAAUGGAAAAUAUAGCUUAGUUAUUUAUGAUAUGCAUAAUCUUCAAUCUCUAUUUUUACCACACAUUAUAAAAGGGCUUAUUGUAGAAAGGGGAACUGUAAGAUUUUAUAGAAACCCCAUGCUCUGUAUGCAUCAAAUAAAUAAGUUGACGCAAAGGUUUCCAGUUGCACCCAAUGAGCUCGACAUACCUCAGGGGAUGAAUGGAUAUAGCGGUAGUUGUAAUGAAAUGUUUCUUCAAUUGACCAUACAAGUAAAGAACGAGACAUUUGCUAUUGCAUCGUUCUUUUCGAAAUUGAAAGCGAUGCAUUAUACAGUUUUAUACGUUAGGAUACCUCAUGGGACGAAUGCUUCAAUUGUGCCAGAAACAUGUAGUGAUUCGGAAUGGUUUGCAAUUAAUGUUCCAGAUACAUAUAAUAAUUUUGUUCAAGUUCCAUUACCAUCUCUUCGACCUGCAUCAACUUAUGCUAUUUGUGUAGAAAAAUAUGACCCAACAUCACGUCAUCUGGCACGUAGUAGUAUUGUUAAAUUCAAAACUUUUGUCGGUAAGCCUGAACCACCAUUUAUAUUGGAACUGGUCGCAUCCUCGUCUAACGUCAUCGUCAUUAGAUGGGUGGAUCACAUGGAUUACCGACCAUUUAUAACACGCUAUGAAUUAGAUAUUAAUCUGGUUGAUAUUAACAAUGAUAAUAUUAUUACAAGAGAUCAUUGCACUAUCAAUGAUGAUGAGAUGUUUGAUAUAGACUAUUCACGACACGCAAAAGUAAUGCGACCACCAAAGAAUUAUGAAAGAGGUUGCGAAAGUAUGUGUGGUAUAUUAUCUUCCGUACCUAUUGGUACUAUGGUUGAAGAUUAUUUUGACGUAUGCGAUUCUAUUGGUGAUUGUGACGAUGAUUCUAAAAGAUCUGAAAACUCCAGUGUUAAAGGAAAUAUUAUAAGUUUAUCUUUAGAUAUCAGUGGUCAAAGGAAUGACUUUCAAGUCGGAGGCUUAGCUCCAUUUAGAGAUUAUAAAUUUCGUUUAAGAGCUUGUACCAAAGAUUUAUGUAGUCGAACGGCUAAAAAUGUCGUUCGAACUCUGCACUCAGAAAAUGCAGAUAUAGCUUCUAUAACUCAUAAGAGUGCCAUUAACUCAGGGUUAAUUUAUGUAGAAUGGGAACCACCAAACGUAACUAACGGACCAUUAUUGGCUUAUACAAUUGAAGUUUAUCCAAAUGUUAAGGUAAGCGAUAUGAACCAUUUGGUACCACAAACAUGGUGCGUUCCUGGUAAUGAAACAAGCUUAACUGUGAAAUCAAAUAAAGCUAGUAAAUACUUAGUGAGAAUAUGUUCUACGACGUUAGCUCACGCAUAUGCGUGUAAUGACUGGAUAAAGAUUGAUGGUUUUGUUAAAUAUGAACUGGUUUGGUGGUGGACUGGAGUACUAUUUGGGUUAUUCUUAUCCGCGUUCUCAUGGGUCAUAGGCUGGCGUUGGAAAAGAAGAAUAAGGAGAAGUGACAGUAUACCAUUAUUUGACAUUACGUCCAGUUACCGUCAAGAAAGUGAACCACCAGCUACCAUGCUAUCAGAUUUUGUGUCAUUGCAUAAUAUUUCUUUACGCGAUUUACGAGAUUUAUCUUAAAUCAUAUAUUUGAAACUUCUGUUAUGUUAAAUAGAAAAUAAUGAAGUAAAGUUUGAAAGUAUGUUCAGGGCAUAAUAAAUUCUUUAAACAGUGAAAUUGCGCAUGCUUUGUAUAAUAGCUCAAGGAUUAUGCAUAAGCUUAAAAAAAUAAAGCGUAGUUUGAAUUUAAUGAUGCUGGUCUUUUCAAACAGGUUAUAAAAUUUUCGGAAUUAUCAAGUCAUUUUAAAGUAAAAAGUAUUUCAGACGAGAGGACAGAGAUAUUGAGUUUAAUUUUGUGUAAUGGAACAAAAAAAUAAAUGUUUUCAAUGUCUCUUUAACUUUCUUAAGUGGUUGUUGUAGAAAUUUAAAUUAUUUUAAAAAUAUUUCUGACU